AUGAUUGUUUUCAGACAGCUGACGAAGCUGGAAGUCAAGGAGAUUGCUGAUAUAAUGCUUAAAGAAGUGGUGGUGAGGCUCAAGGAGAAAGAGAUUAAGCUUCAGGUGACUGAGAGGUUUAAGGAGAUAGUGGUGGAUGAAGGGUUUGACCCGAGUUACGGAGGGAGGCCGCUUAGAAGAGCGAUCAUGAGGCUGUUGGAAGAUAGCAUGGCGGAGAAGAUGCUUUCGAGGGAGAUUAAGGAUGGAGAUUCAGUGAUUGUUGAUGUUGAUGGUGAAGGAAGUGUGGUUGUGUUGAAUGGUAAGAGUGGAGAACACACCAAUGCUUACUCCGAUAACUGCGACCAGGAGGAGAAUCCAGGAGCCUCUGAGGUGGCUAAUAUUUACAGAAGCAGCCAAAUGAGUGAUGUCAUGGAUAGGUUCAAGAUACUAAAACGCCGGGAAGCUGAUAAAGUGCAGGAAACUGUCAACAGCCUCGACUCAGAUUCAGAUUCUGAGCCAAGAAACAAGACACAGAUUUGUGACCAUCUCUGGUCAGACUCGAUGAUAACAAUAGUUGGAAAUUCUGUUACAGAGAUGACGCAUGCCGCCAAUACUGAAGAACCAUCUGCAUCUGGCGAUGGCUGCGAGAGCCCGACCUCUCGGCAAGGAUAA